UAUAAACACCCUCGAAAGUGGGCGGGAACUUUAACAUGUUGCACCUCAAGCGGAUAUAAACUUCCGGCUAGACUACGGGUUUCAAAAUAAAAGUCCUACAUAGACAGAUCCAUAUUUCUGUCCCCUGCAUGAAAAUAAGAAGAAUGAGAUGUUGAGAUACCUGAAGGAUUUCCAGCCAGGUAAUGCAGAAGUCAGCGAGAUUAAGAUUCUGCUUCACGGCCCAAUCGGAGCAGGAAAAUCGAGUUUUAUCAACUCUGUCAGCACCGUCCUCCAAGGAUACAACACCACCAGUGCACUGGCAGAUUCAAGAGCUGGUCAAAGUCACAGCUUCACUAAGGAGUUUAAAAUUCACAGGCUGAAGAAAGAAAGGCCUGGAACUUUCUAUCCAUUCACCCUUUCUGACAUCAUGGGUCUGGAGCCAGGGGAGUCAGAAGGAGUGCAGACUGAAGAUAUAAUCAAAAUAUUAAAGGGCCAUGUGAAAAGUGGUUACACUUUUAACCCUGUAAAAUCAACUGAGGAAUGUGAUCAAAAGCCCAGCCUGAAAGACAGAGUACACUGUCUGGUGAGUGUUCUACCAGCGGACAGAAUCUCCAUCACCUAUGACAAUGUUUUUCAGAAAAUGAGAGCUGUUCGGGAAAAGGCAAGGGACUUAGGGAUUCCUCAAGUUGUCAUCAUGUCACUGGUUGACAAAGCAUGUCCCCUUGUUAACAAAAACCUGGAGAAGAUCUACACCAGCAAAAAAAUCAAACAGAAGAUGGAAGAGUGCAGUGCUCAACUGGGAGUCCCGAUGAACUGCAUCUUUCCUGUGAUGAACUACCAUGAGCAGGUUACCAACGACUUGCACAUGGAUAUUCUGAUUCUCAUGGCAAUCACUAAUAUCAUUAGCUUUGCCAAUGACUAUGUUGAAGACCAGGUUUACAAAGAAUAAGUUCCCCUUGUUUCUUGUUUAAUCUCAAACAUGCAACUGGAUUGUUUCAGGAAUUCACAGAGGUUUACUUAGAGACUAUUAAA